UGUAUAAUGAACUGCGUGAAGCAAGGAGUUAUACGAAGUUGCAGACCAUAAAUAAAAAAUAUGACAAACGCUUUUUCUCGUAUCGAUUGAUGUCUUCAUUAUGGCUUCAUUGCUAAGCGAUUUAGCUUAAAUAUCAUUCAAAAUGCAUGAAAAAUUUUAGUGCAAAAAUGUAAACUUGCGAUCGUAAAGCACACCCAUUACAACCCAUACGAACAUAGAAUUGCACGUGGAAAUUAGAAAAUCUUACAAUGCAUUAUUAAGAUGCAAAAUUGGACAUUACAAAAUAUGAGUGACCGAUAGACCAGGAACGACGCAUACUAAGAAUGGUUCAAAAUUCCUGAGACAUCCUCGUGCAGCUCUCGCUACCUUUUUUCCACGUUUUGAAAAUUAAAUCAUCGAGAUGAAUCACUACGUUUCAACCUAUAGACGCGACUACGCUUCGCCUCAAGUAUCAUGUCAACUUCCACCACCGCAAAUCGCGAAGAGCAUCACUUGUACUUGCACGCAAUCGCGGAAAGCACUUGAACAACUUUUACUGAUGUACGCGGAACCUGACGAUCGGAGUUGUACCAGUCGUGUGGAACGAUCACUGAAACUUUGUUUCACCAAAGAUAAGCUCAAGAAACCGCCCUCAGUGAAAUAUCCUGAUCCGUGUGGAGAAUUUCGCGAUGAAAGAUCGGCGCGAGUGAAUGCUAAUCGUUUCAAGACUACGUAUCAAGUGGAUUACAGUGAUCCUGCAGCCGCACGUAUGGCGCGACGUGACAAACCGUCGACAAUCGUCGAGAAGGACAGUCAGCAACUGCAGUGUUGCUUGCCAAUUAAAAUUACUAUAGAACCUGACUUUCGACCACUUUAUCAUUCCCAACCCCCGAGUACCGACAAAAGCCCGAGAGCCAAAAUACGCCAUGUUUCACGAGAAAAGACAGCGAAGUGUGGGAAGAAGCGCGAGGAUGACGCAGGACAUUUUGCAGCUUGGAAAUCGGAGUAUCAAGAUAGCAUUGGCAAAAUCGGUCACAUUAUUAUCAAAGCUAAAUUUCAUCAGCCCAAGAAAAACGUUGCACCGGUGUACAUUACUUCCAGUUGAAUCUGUUGGAAAAUCUGCAAUCAAUUAGAUACUCAAUAACUUUAUUUGAACUGCAAAAUCGGAUAUUUGAAUAAAAUAACGUAAAAGAGGAAAAAAUGUGUAUUAACGGUUAUAUAUAUCUUAAAAAGUUGCACUCAAAAUUAGGCGAGUGCGUAUCUACGUUAG